GGAGGAGGGAAAAGAGAAGAGAAAACUAUUGCUGUGAACAACACCACCUUUCUGGGUUUUUUUUUUUCUCAUUCUCCGCUCGAAGAUGGAGUACGUCAGCCCAGAAGGACUUCGCUCGGAUGGUCGCCGACCCAUGGAGAUGCGACAAAUUCGAGCAGAGAUUGGUGCUGUAUCCAAAGCGGAUGGUUCUGCCGUUUUUGAGAUGGGUUAUACCAAAGUGAUUGCUGCUGUUUAUGGCCCUAGAGAGGUACAAAAUAGGAGCCAACAAAUGAGUGACCAGGCUCUGGUUCGGUGUGAGUACAGCAUGGCUAAUUUUAGCACUGGAGAUCGCAUUAGGAAACCAAAGGGGGACAGGAGAUCAACUGAAAUUUCUCUGGUUAUUCGACAAACCAUGGAAGCAUGCAUAUUGACACAUUUAAUGCCUCGUUCUCAGAUAGAUAUUUAUGUACAAGUUCUCCAAGCAGAUGGAGGAACUAGAUCGGCUUGUAUAAAUGCUGCUACUUUGGCUCUUGCAGAUGCUGGGAUACCUAUGCGUGAUCUUGUAACUUCCUGUAGUGCUGGAUACCUUAAUAGCACCCCUCUGCUUGACUUGAACUAUGUAGAAGACAGUGCUGGAGGUCCUGAUGUAACUCUAGGAAUUCUGCCCAAGUUGGAUAAAGUGACACUUCUUCAGAUGGAUUCUAAACUACCAAUUGACAUUUUGGAAAAUGUUAUGCAACUGGCAAUUGAAGGCUGCAAAGCAGUAGCAAAUUAUAUUCGAGAAAUUUUGCUGGAGAACACAAAGCAACUUGAGUAUCGACGGGGUGUAUAGUUUUAUAGCAGAAGUAACGUUUAUUUUUUCAUUUUGGAUCAGAGUUCUACUGUAAACAUUUUUGGCAAACAGUAAUGACUUUGAAGGUGUGAAGGUAAAUGUGCUUAAAAGUCGUUGUCAUCAGUUUUUGUUUUGCCUUCGAAUCCUUACCAACAACAGUGUUUUGUUUCAUUUUAGCAGUGUUUGAACUUAAAACUUAGCCCCAAUUCUUUCUAUUUC